CUAAGCCAGGAGAACCUGACAGCUUUUUUAAAAAAAAAAGGUUCUUAAAUCUGACCUGCAAGAGACGGUUUAUCUAAUGUGAACAGAAGGCAGCAAUCAGCUGUGCUGCCUGGCGUCUGUGGGUGAGAGGCAAUCUGUUUCUCUGCGUGGAACAUGUGUGAAGGAAGAGGUUCAUUUCUAGUCAGGAGUUCAUAUCAUCAGCUGUGUGACGGAGAUCUUUAAGAAGGCACUGGGAUGCGUUGCCUCGUCUGUGAAGAAAGCUUUGGAGAAAAACUGUGCCCAUAAGGAGGAUGGUUAGACUAAGAUGCUUGUCUCCCUGAGUCUCCUCUCCAAGGGCAUUAGUCAUUAACUUGCUAAGCUACAUCUGCUACUUGGCUAACGCUGAAGGAAAAGGCUUCUUAAUCUGGAAAUCCUGCAAUGACUCCUCUACAGUGACAGGCAAGCAUAUGUACAGUAGCAGCAAGUUGCCUCAAAUGUUUUUUUUUCCCUGUUUGAGCAUCACUAUUCCGUUCAGCUGGUAAUGAGAGGAUAAUGAAGGCACAGCUCAGUGGGAAGAAGUAUCACAUUAUUGAGGCACAGGUGGGAACACUACCUCUGGAAACCCAACGGGGGACAGAAGGGCAAAAACCGAAGCAAAUCACUCGGGACCGAUGGUUUACCAUUAAAAACUAGAUAAAAAAAUUCAACCGCUUGUCAGCAGGCUGUCAGGACGCUCCUGAGCGCGAGCUCCGAUUCUCCUGCCGUAAGUGUUUGGUUCUGCUUGUGCUUCUUAAUCGGGAGAAGCACGCGGUCUCACUACAGCAGCUGCUGGGUUUUUUUCCCUGCCUCUCCUGUCAGAAGCACAUCUCUCAGGGCUCUGGCCUCUCCUCCUGACUGAAACGUGUUCGGAAAGCAAGAAGGGAAGAUGCCGGCCAUUCUGGUGGCCUCAAAGAUGAAGUCUGGACUGCCCAAGCCCGUGCACAGCGCAGCUCCCAUCCAGCAUGUCCCAGUCAGGACUAUCCCCCAGCCCUCCUACCUGAAGCUGGGCAGCAAGCUGGAGGUCUGCAAGCCUACCUACUCCAGCCAGAUCCCCCUCAAAUCACCCCACGGGCACGAGACUGAAGGGAAUGGGGCUCCCCAGAAAAAGGGUAGCAUUGUAGAGAAUGGAUUUGACACCCAGAUUUACACUGAUUGGGCCAACCAUUAUCUGGCUAAGUCAGGCCACAAGCGUCUCAUUAAGGACCUACAGCAAGAUGUCACAGAUGGAGUGCUGCUGGCUGAGAUCAUACAGGUUGUAGCAAAUGAGAAGAUUGAAGAUAUCAAUGGAUGCCCAAAGAGUCGGUCUCAGAUGAUUGAAAACAUUGAUGCCUGCCUGAGUUUCUUGGCAGCCAAAGGUGUCAACAUACAGGGCCUUUCUGCAGAAGAAAUCAGGAAUGGCAACCUGAAGGCCAUUUUGGGCCUCUUCUUCAGUCUGUCUCGGUACAAACAGCAGCAGCAGCAGCAACAGCAGCAGGCCCACAAGCCCCCAUCUCACCAUCACCAUCCACAUCACCAAGUCCACCCUCCGCCCAGCGCUGCCUCCCAGCAUCCCCAGACUGCCCAGAGCCACAGUCAGGCUGGGCCUCCGCCGCCAGGCCACCACCCUGCCCACACCUCGCUCCCUGUGCAGUGCCAAGCACAGCCCUCAGCGUCGCAGCAGCAGAAAGCACAAGCAGAAAUGCAGUCCAGUCUUCCAUCCAAGGAUUCAUCUCACAGUAAACUCCUCAGGUUUACCCUUGGUCAGAGAAAGUGCUCUAGGCUUCCAGGCCCCACCACGAGGAUGUCAGCUGCAGGCAGUGAGACCAAGACUCGUGGGCCAGUUGGUGCCAACAACCGACGCAGUCAGAGCUUUAACAAUUUCGACAAGUCCAAGCCCACCCCUCCACCUGCAGGCGGCCAUGAGAAAGAGCCGGCUGACAGCACGACCACACAGCAACCAGGCAUGAAUGAAAAUGCACAGCCUUCAGUUCCCAUGAGCAGCAGCAGCAGCACGAGCACCAUCAGCGGCAGCUCCUCUUCGGCCAUCCCCCAGCCCAAUUCUGCUAACAAGCCCUGGAGGAGCAAGUCCCUCAAUGCAAAGCACACCGCCACGUCUUCCAUGCUCUCCGUGAAGCAGCCCAGCCAGGAGCCGCCCAAGCCCCCCACAGAAGCCGUCAAGUCGACUCCCAAUGGGCAGAAAUCAAUGCUGGAAAAAUUAAAGCUGUUCAACACUAAAGGGGGCUCCAAGUCAGCUGGACCGCCCCCUGAUAUCGCUGUGUCCAGGGAUACUGCUCCGGAGAAAGUAGAGGCCGCCUCUAACACCGAAAGCGUGGAUGAUCUCGAUCCAUCGGGACGCUGCAUCAAUGGAACGGGAGCAGUCACCAGCAGCCCCAAGAUUGCUCUGAAGGGCAUCGCCCAGAGGACUUUCAGCAGGGCCCUGACGGCCAAGAAGAGCUCCCUGAAGGCGGCCGAGAAGGACAAAGAGAAACAGAAAGACAAGGAGAAGGACAAGGACAAGGACAAGGCGAAGGAGACGUCCAAGAGGGUGUCGGUGACCGAAAAGUCAGAAGUGAAGGACGAACCCAAAGACGAGCCGGUCAGGCCGGCGGUGGUAGAACCCAAGAAGACUUCCAAGAUCGCUAGCUUUAUUCCCAAAGGGGGGAAGGUCAGCAGUGCCAAAAAAGAGAGCUCAGCGCCAGCACACAGUGGCAUACCAAAACCCGGUACGACAAAGGCUCCGGUGGGGGGGAAAUCUGCCGGUGCUCCUUCCUCCUCCUCCGGGAAAGAUGGGGAGAGGCCCCGCAGCGUGAAGCUCGGCCCCGGGAUUUCUCUACCUAAAGGUCAGCUGGACGGUCGGAAUUCUAGCUCUUCUUCCAGCCUGGCCUCCUCUGAAGGGAAGGCAGUCACGGGAGCUCAGCAACCCAGCACCGGGGCCACAGCCAGCACAGCCAGCACUACUCAGACCACAGGAAGUAACACAAUCAGUGUUCAGCUACCUCAUCCUCAGCAGCAAUACAACCACCCCAACACAGCCACUGUAGCACCGUUUAUGUAUAGGUCACAGACAGACAUUGAGGGAAAUACAAUGACUGAGUCUGGGUCAGGAGGAGGCAAUGUGGAUCCUGCAACCUACAAUAAACCAGGACAACCCUGUGUGGAGGAUCUUGCAGGAGAAGACCCAGAGGCACGAAGGCUGCGAACCGUUAAAAACAUCGCUGACCUUCGACAGAACUUGGAGGAGACCAUGUCCAGUUUACGGGGAACUCAGAUAACCCACAGCACGCUGGAGACCACAUUCGACAGCAACGUCACCACGGAGAUCAGCGGCCGCAGCAUCCUCAGCCUGACGGCCCGGCCUACGCCGUUGUCGUGGCGACUGGGGCAGUCCAGCCCCCGGCUGCAGGCCGGGGACGCCCCCUCCAUGGGGAACGGUUACCCGCCCAGAGGCAACGCCAGCCGCUUCAUCAGCUCCGAAUCCGGGAGGUACCUGUACUCGGCCCCGCUCAGGAGGCAGCUGGCGUCCCGGGGCAGCGCGGUGUGCAGCACCGACCUCGCGGACAAGGCCGACGAGCUGGAUUUAGAGGGCAUCAACAUGGAUGCCACAGGGUACAUGAGCGAUGGGGAUGUACUGGGGAAGAACAUCAGGACCGAUGACGUAACCAGCGGCUACAUGACGGACAGCGGACUGGGCCUGUACACACGCCGGCUGAACCGCCUGCCCGAUGGCAUGGCUGCUGUGAGAGAGACCUUACAGCGCAACGCGUCCAUGGGGGUGGGGGAUGCUGACAGCUGGGAUGACAGCAGCUCAGUCAGCAGUGGAAUCAGCGACACCAUAGACAACCUCAGCACAGAUGAUAUCAACACAAGCUCGUCUAUCAGCUCGUAUGCCAACACACCCGCUGCUUCCCGAAAGACCAUAGACGGACAGCCUCAGACAGACGCAGAGAAGCACUGUGCUGUGGAAAGGAACUCCAUGUGGUCCGGAGAUGAAGUAAAGAAGUCCGAUGGAGGCUCUGACAGCGGAGUCAAGAUGGACUCAGGAUCCAAGUGGAGACGAAACCCUUCGGAUGUGUCCGACGAGUCGGAUAAAAGCAACUCGGGCAGGAAAACCACCAUCAUCUCCCAGACCGGCUCCUGGCGAAGAGGCAUGACUGCCCAGGUUGGCAUCACAGCUCCCAGGACCAAAACAGCCCCAGCAAGCUCCAGCACACUGAAAACACAUGGAACAGGUAAAACAGACGACGCUAAGGUGUCUGAGAAAGGCAGGCUGUCCCCCAAAUCGGCGACCAUCCAGCGAUCCCCCUCUGACGCGGGGCGCAGCAGUGGCGACGAAGCCAAGAAGCCUCCUUCCAGCACUUCCAGGACCCCCACCAACACUUUCGGCUUCAAGAAACAGUCUGGAGGGAUGACCAUAAUAACCGCCAGCGGGGCGACCAUCACCAGCGGCUCGGCCACGCUGGGAAAGAUCCCCAAAUCCUCCGGGCUCAUCGGGAGAUCUGGUGGUCGGAAAACCAGCGUGGAUGGUUCCCAAAACCAGGACGACGCUUACCUUCCCAUCAGCACGCGGACGAACCUGCAGUACCGCAGCCUUCCCCGGCCCAGCAAGUCCAGCGGCGGGGGCCGGAAUGGAGGUGGAAACCGCUCCAGCACCAGCAGCAUCGACUCCAACCUCAGCAGCAAGUCGGCGGGGGGGCUGCCCGUCCCCAAAAUCCGAGAGCCUUCCAAAGUGUCCGCGGGAAUCUCCCUGCCCGCGGGAGCCAACCAGACGGACCGGGAGAAGGGCGUGUCGUCCGACGCGGAGGGCAUGGCCUCCUGCAGCUCCGUCAAAGCCAGCCCGACCUCCCAGUCCGGAACCAGCAGCUCACAAGGCAGUCGCCAGCAGGGAUCCAAGUACGCAGAUGUGUCGUCCCCAACGUUGCGUAGACUCUUUGGAGGCAAGCCAGGUAAACAGGCCCCAGUCACAACAGUGGAAAACAUGAAGAACUCGACUGUUAUCUCCAACCCCCACGCCACCAUGAGCCAGCAGGGCAACCUUGACUCUCCCUCAGGCAGUACCGUGCUGAGCAGUGGGGGCAGCAGCCCACUGUACAACAAGACCACCGACCUGGCUCACUCCUCCUUGGCGUCUAGCCCUGGUUCUGCCCACUCGGCCCCUUCCAACAGCCUCACAUGGGGCACCAACCUCAGUAGCUCCUCCACAGUCAGCAAGGAAGGCCUGGGAUACCAGUCCGUGAGCAGCCUGCACACCAGCUGCGAGUCGAUCGACAUCUCCCUGGGUAGUGCGGGUGCCAGUCACCACAACUCCAACAGUGGACUGGUCCCGUCAGGCAAAGACGACUCCCUGUCAGCGUUCGUCAGGACCAAUAGCGUCAAGACAGCCAUGUCUGAGAGUCCUCUAUCUUCCCCAUCUGCUAGUCCAAAAUUCAGCAGAAAUACUUUACCUCGGAAACAGGACAGUGACCCACACCUUGAUAGAAACACCUUGCCUAAGAAGGGACUCAGGUAUGCUCCUUCGGCCCAGCUGCGCAGUCAAGAGGAGGCCAGGGAGUGGCUGCGCUCCCACUCCGCUGGGGGCCUGCAGGACAGCGCCAGCAACUCCCCCUUCUCCCCUGGCUCCAGCCUCACCUCCCCGUCGGGGACCAGGUUCAACUUCUCCCAGCUGGCUAGUCCCACCACUGCUGCUCAGAUCAACCUUGCAAACUCCUCCAUGCUCCGCACCAACAGCCUGUCCAAUCAGGACGGUUCUUAUGACCCGUACAGCGAUUCACGCUUCCGGAACAGCUCAAUGUCUCUGGAUGAGAAAACCAGAACCAUGAGCCGGUCAGGAUCCUUCCGGGAUGGUUUUGAAGAAGUUCAUGGCUCUUCACUGUCUCUUGUCUCCAGUACCUCCUCUAUCUACUCUACACCUGAAGAAAAGUCACAGUCGGAGAUCCGCAAGCUUCGAAGAGAACUCGAUGCUUCCCAGGAGAAAGUGUCAGCUCUUACCACACAGCUAAGUGCAAACGCUCAUCUUGUAGCAGCCUUUGAACAGAGUCUUGGAAACAUGACCAUUAGACUCCAGAGUCUGACUAUGACAGCAGAACAGAAGGAUUCAGAACUCAAUGAGCUACGGAAAACUAUUGAGUACCUGAAGAAGCAGAAUGCUGCUGCCCAGGCUGCUAUCAAUGGAGUUAUAAACACCCCGGAGCUCACAUGUAAAGCGGCUGGCAACGGCGCCCCCCAGCAGGCGGACCUGCGCAUCCGCCGGCAGCACUCCUCCGACAGCGUCUCCAGCAUCACCAGCGCCACCAGCCACUCCAGCGUGGGCAGCAACGUGGAGCUGGACGCCAAGAAGAAGAAGAAGAAGAACUGGACGGUUUCUUGUGCUGGAGGACAGGUCUAUGAGUUGAGAAGCUCUUUCAAGCAAGCGUUCAGCAAGAAGAAAUCGCCCAAGUCUGCUUCCUCCCACUCCGACAUCGAGGAGAUGACUGACUCCUCCCUGCCCUCUUCUCCCAAGCUCCCUCACAACGGCUCCACUUCAUCCACCCCCAUCUUGAGGAAUUCCCACUCCAACUCCCUGAUAUCGGAGUGCACAGACAGCGAGGCUGAGACCAUCAUGCAGCUGCGCAGCGAGCUCAGGGACAAAGAGAUGAAACUGACUGACAUCCGGCUGGAGGCCCUCAGCUCAGCCCAUCAGCUGGACCAGCUGCGAGAGGCCAUGAACAGAAUGCAGGUUGAAAUUGAAAAGCUGAAGGCUGAGAAUGAUCGACUGAAGUCGGAGAGCCACGGGAGCUGCAGCAGGGCUGCUUCCCAAGUCUCCAUCUCCUCGUCCCCUCGGCAGUCAGUGGGUCUCUCCCAGCACAGCCUGAGCCUCACGGAGUCCACCAGCCUGGACAUGCUGUUGGAUGACAAUGGAGAUGGUUCAUCUCGGAAAGAAGGCCGUCAUGUGAAGAUCGUUGUGACCCUGGAUAAUGACAUUAAAUGGAAAGAAGAGUGCAGACCUCAUCAUUUUCUCAUUGGUUGCAUUGGAGUCAGUGGAAAAACCAAGUGGGAUGUCCUGGAUGGUGUUGUCAGACGCCUUUUCAAGGAAUAUAUCAUCCACGUGGAUCCAGUAAGCCAGCUGGGUUUGAAUUCAGACAGUGUUUUGGGAUACAGCAUCGGAGAUAUCCACUGCACCAGUGGAGCUGAGACCCCAGAGCUCCUCCCUUGUGGUUACCUGGUGGGAGAAAACAACACCAUCUCUGUCAGCCUGAAAGGUAUAUCGGAGAACAGUCAGGACUGCCUGGUUUUCGAGACACUCAUCCCCAAGCCCAUGCUGCAGAGAUACGUGUCCCUGCUCCAGGAGCACCGGCGCAUCAUCCUCUCUGGACCCAGUGGCACUGGCAAGACCUACUUAGCCAAUCGGCUGGCAGAGUACAUGGUGCUGAAAGAACGCAGGGAGCUCACUGAUGGGGUCAUAGCUACCUUCAAUGUGGAUCACAAGUCCAGCAAGGAGCUGCGGCAGUAUCUUUCCAAUCUGGCUGACCAGUGCAACUGUGAGAGCAAUGCAGUAGACAUGCCUCUGGUGGUGAUUCUGGACAACCUGCACCAUGUCAGCUCCCUGGGAGAGAUAUUCAAUGGGCUUCUCAACUGCAAGUACCACAAAUGCCCCUACAUUAUUGGGACAAUGAAUCAAGCAACAUCAUCAACUCCUAAUCUGCAGCUGCACCAUAACUUCAGGUGGGUGCUAUGUGCCAAUCACACAGAGCCUGUGAAGGGGUUCUUAGGUCGUUUCCUGAGGAGGAAGCUGAUCGAGACUGAAAUAAGCACCAGAAUGAGAAACAUGGAACUGGUCAAAAUCAUCGACUGGAUUCCCAAAGUCUGGCACCACCUCAACAGGUUCCUGGAAGCUCACAGCUCCUCUGACGUCACCAUUGGUCCCAGACUCUUCCUCUCGUGCCCAAUUGACGUGGAUGGCUCGAGAGUGUGGUUCACUGACCUUUGGAACUACUCUAUAAUACCGUACAUGUUAGAGGCAGUCAGAGAGGGCCUUCAGUUAUAUGGGAGAAGAGCACCAUGGGAAGACCCUGCCAAAUGGGUCAUGGACACCUACCCCUGGGCUGCCAGCCCACAGCAGCAUGAGUGGCCUCCUCUCCUGCAGCUGAGGCCGGAGGAUGUUGGCUUUGACGGCUACUCCGUGGCCCGGGAGGGCUGCACCAGCAAGCAAGUCCCACAGAGUGACGCGGAGGGAGACCCACUGAUGAAUAUGUUAAUGAGACUCCAAGAAGCAGCCAACUUCUCCAGCCCCCAGAGUUACGACAGCGACUCCAAUAGCAACAGUCAUCAUGAUGACAUCUUGGAUUCAUCACUGGAGUCAACAUUGUGAUCAGGUUCUCCAGUCAAUAUUCUGUUUUUGAUGUUCAAGAAGAAGAAAAAAAAACACUUGAUUGAAAACCAUACACGGAAUGUGACUCCUUGUUUUUAAACUCAUCUUCAAGAACAAGCCACUUUAAUUGUUGAAUUGUUGAAAAACAAAUGGGUGCAGGUAACCCAGUGGAAAAGUCUUUUCUAAGUUAAAGUAAAAGUGAAGCUGCACUAUUCUAUUUUUACAGUGUAUUUGCAAAAGGCUUUCACAGGCCAAAUUGUAAGAUGUUAAUGUACAUAAACUUAUACGCAAAAAAAAUGCAUUUGAAACUGUGGAGCAAGCAUUGUGCCGUGUACUGUCCAUCUAACAAGAAAUACUAUUGCCUAUGCUGCUGUGAACCAAACUACCACUGAAGGCUGGACACCAGCAUGAGCAGGGCCAUCCUCAGCUGCAGUUGGUUGGUGCUACAAGCUCCACCUUGUGUUGCAUUGUGCAGGGGCAGGCUGCAAUACUCCCCACACACACACACACACACACACACAGACACACACACAGACACUUACAUCCUCCAUCGUACACCAGGCUUCUGCUGUACUCAGGAAACUUGGUGGUAGAUCAGUCUGUCUGCCUUUUGAAGGCAGUUAUGGUCUCUUAAUGUCAAAACCAACAGCAGCCCAUGAUUGAACUACACAUCCCUGCUCCCCAUUCCGAACCUUGACAGAUGUUUCUCCUUAAAAACAGAUCCUGGUGUAUUAAAGCCAGCCUUAAGUAGACCUUGAAAGAAGCCAGUAUGUGUUUAUAAUCUCUUCAAUUCAAAUGGAAAACUUUCAAGAAGCAGGUUGGCUGUUUUUUUUUAAAUUUCCCCCUCCUGGACAUGUUUACUUUGAACACUGUAAAGGUUUCAUGCCACCCAAGGUGGAUAACGCACAUUCAGGUCCGAAAGGUUACUUCUGCCAUUUGCACGCUGGUGGCAAGACCUCUUGUAAGAUGAGUAAGAUGAAAAUGGGUUUCUGUAUUUCUCCGACUCUUUUAAGUGCACGCGUUCACCUUUCGUGUUAUUAUGGCUUGUUCCUUUGGUAAGGGCAUAAAACACCUCAACCAGCAUAGCACUUUCUUUUUCAAGCAGACGCAACAGGAAAACUGACCCGACUACAUGCAGCUGUGCCAAGGUGCAUACCCUCAGAUAUCCUGUGCAAGGUUUUGUGAACAUCUUUUUGGUGCUGAACUUUGAAAUGAUGCCUUACUUAAUUUUGUAAUAAUUGUGUUAAGGUGCAUUAGUGCUGUUUCGUCUUUGUUUUUUUUUUGCAUUUAACGACAGGGCUGUAACAUCAUCUCCUAGAAUUCUGCGAAGAUCAUAGGUUCGAGGCUGUGACAUUAUUUUUGAUAUCAGAGACUUCAUGAUAUGAGAAAAGACAAGAGAGAGUGAUGCUUUCAAAUUCAUAUCAGUCUUUGCAGCUAAUCAUCCGUCUGGAUGAUCCGAUGGUUUCCUGAAGUUUGGAAACUGCAAGAAGUGUAAAGUUUGCUUUUUUAUUUUCUCCCCACUAUCGUGAAAGAGAAAGGCAUCUUCCUGAAUGAAGCCAAUUUAAAAAAACGUUUGGCUUGGUGCUCAAUCUACACUUUUGAAGAUGUACAGAUGUAUGAAAAAGUAAAAGGAAGGGGAUUUUCCUAUACCUCAUGAGCCUUUAAGGUUUAUACCAUUGUCCUGCUUAUUUUAAAAAUUACAAAUCAUGAUGGAAUGAUAUCACUGCAUGAAAUGUGACAACUGAUGUUUUUGCUGCUUUGUUUUGAGUAACUUUACUUAAACUAAUGGGGGAGGUAAAAGGGUACUUAAUUUUAUGGCUUUUCCUUUUCAGGAUUUUCGGGAUUGGAUUUCCCAAAACGUGCAGAGCAAAGGGAACUGUUGUAGGGCCGUUCUUGGAUCUUAGAAAUAAAGUACUUUCCUGUUAAGAAUGACUCUGAAUUGGCUAAGGCUUUGAUUACCUGCAUUUUUUAAAAUGAUAGUUGAUACGUAAAAUUGUUUUUCAUGUCUAAAAAAUAAUUGAGUGUUCUUCCUUUGUAGAGAGCCAUAAGAUUCAGUUCUUUUUAAAAACUCACUCUCGUUAGUAUGAUAUAUGGCUUCAGUUGUUUCCUUUGCAAUGCUUCCAUUGUGUUCACUGUUGGAGCUGUUCAUUUUGAGUGUUCUUAGUUACAAAUCCUAUGCAACAUUCAUCUUGAAUUUUAAAUGGGAGCCAAAUAGUUUCCUCGUGUUUUCAGAACUGCCAAGAACUGUACAUCAAGUAAAUAGACAUGUGCAUAACUUGUCUGUAUGUUAACUAGCAUUUGCUGUACACUUUGGGAAAAUGUUUGCUCAGUAUAGUUGAUGCAAACACUAUGAUGAUGUGUUUUGCUGUUUGUCUACUUGUGAUGACUUUGUUUCCACAGAGGUCUGGAUGUUGAAAUUUUAUGGAAGGUUGCUGUUGAAUCUAGUUGUUUAAAAGUGCAAAAGUUUGUUAAUGAAUGUGUUCACUAUGAUGUACAUUUUUUUCUUUGUAACAUAGAAAUGUAAAUAUUUGAUUACAGUGCUGCAUUUUGAUGAAUUUUUCUAGCCAUUUUUAAACAGAACUAGGAAAUGGGUAUUUUGUGUACAGUCUGAUGUUUUUCAUCCCACGGUUCUUUCAAGUUUGUCAUUAAGGGUUUUCCAAGAUUGUGAUUCCCUCUUCAACCAUGAAUCUGAUCUGUACCAGUCUUAAAUUAUUCAUGAUUCAAUAAAAGAAAUGAAUGCUUAUUUAUUAAAUGCUGCGCUGAACGUUCA